AAAACCCAAACAAACCAAAACCCCAAAACCAAACAACCCUGCAAGGAAUGAAAUAAGAUCCCAGCUACUGCUUGGUUUCCAGGUUACAGUGCAUGUCAAAUAUCUGUCAGUGGCACCAUGUAUCAAUUUAUGACAAGCCGCUGCAAUGAUCUGAAAGGCCCUUGAGGCACAGAGAACAGGAGAAAAACCAACUUCAACAAAAGAAUGUGUUUCUCCUCUGCUCUGGAAGUCAACAUGCAGUCUGAAUCUAACUUUACAGUCCGGGAUGCCAUUGAUGACAUCGACACCAACAUGUAUCAACCGCUGUCAUAUCCAUUAAGCUUUCAAGUGUCUCUCACUGGAUUUUUGAUGCUAGAAAUUGUUUUGGGACUUGGCAGCAACCUCACCGUGCUGGUACUUUACUGUAUGAAAUCCAACUUAAUCAAUUCUGUCAGUAACAUUAUUACAAUGAACCUUCAUGUACUUGAUGUAAUAAUUUGUGUGGGAUGUAUUCCUCUAACUAUAGUUAUCCUUCUGCUUUCACUGGAGAGUAAUACUGCUCUCAUCUGCUGCUUCCAUGAGGCCUGUGUCUCUUUUGCAAGUGUUUCAACUGCAAUCAAUGUCUUUGCUAUCACUCUGGACCGAUACGACAUCUCUGUAAAACCUGCCAAUCGAAUUCUGACCAUGGGAAGGGCUGUGAUACUAAUGACAUCAAUAUGGAUCAUUUCCCUUUUCUCCUUCCUGAUUCCUUUCAUCGAAGUCAACUUUUUCAGUCUUCGAAGUGCAAGUACUCGGGAAAAUAAGACCCUUUUGUGCGUGAGCACAAACGAGUAUCACACAGAGCUAGGAAUGUACUACCACCUUCUUGUGCAGAUUCCAAUCUUUUUCUUCACUGUUAUAGUAAUGCUAAUUACAUACACCAAAAUACUCCAGGCUCUAAAUAUUCGGAUUGGUACACGAUUUACAACGGGACAAAAGAAGAAAGCUAGAAAGAAAAAGACUAUUUCUUUGACCACUCAGCAUGACACUACAGACAUGUCCCACAGCAGUGGAGGAAAAAAUGUUGUCUUUGGUGUAAGAACUUCUGUAUCUGUCAUAAUUGCUCUACGCAGAGCUGUGAAACGGCACCGGGAGCGACGAGAACGGCAAAAGAGAGUCUUCAGAAUGUCCCUCUUGAUCAUCUCAACAUUCCUACUCUGCUGGACACCUAUCUCUGUUUUAAACACCACUAUCUUAUGUUUGGGCCCAAGUGACCUUUUGGUAAAGUUGCGAUUAUGUUUUCUUGUAAUGGCAUACGGAACAACUAUAUUUCACCCUCUCCUUUAUGCAUUCACAAGGCAAAAGUUUCAGAAAGUUCUGAAAAGUAAGAUGAAAAAGCGAGUUGUUUCAAUAGUGGAAGCAGAUCCCAUGCCAAAUAACGCUGUAAUACACAACUCAUGGAUAGAGCCUAAAAGGAACAAAAAGAUUACCUUUGAAGAUAAUGAAGUAAGGCAGAAAUGUUUAGUACCUCAGGUUGUCACUGACUAAAUUUCAGUAUUCACCAAAACACAUCAAGUGGAAUAUCUGAACAAAUUGUAGAAAAAUACUGCCAAAUAAGAAAAACUUUUUUAACUUAUUGGUGAGACUGUAAAUUUUAAAUAUGUGUGUUAAACAGAGUAGGUCUUGUACAUUCAAUUUCUUCAUUAUGUAAGAUAUAUGUUGCAUGGCCGUUUGUUAGCAUAAUACCAUGUGUAUAGCUGUCAAAAAUAUUCAAGUCCUCUUUUUUUAGAAAAUAAAUAGCCUUAAUGAAGUGCAAACUUUUAACAAUAUUUGUACGGCUCAGUUUCUCUGUAAACAUAAAAUAAUUUAUUUAUAAGCAAAAAUUCCACUCAGGAUUACUUUUCUAAAGCACAAAUUCCACGUUUUACACGAUACACUUCUUAAUUUAAUUCAUAACAGUAUUUGAUCAGAGAUAAUCUGAAUGCUAUAAAGUUGAACACAUUUUGACCUUAUGUGUAGAUAGCUACUAAUUUCAACUUUCCACAGCAUGCAAUUUUUGUGUGUGUGUAGACAAAGCCAUUUACCUGGUAUCUUUCGAUUAAUGGUUCAAAAUCAGUUAAAAAGUCAGGAAAAAACUCCUCGCAUUGGUCCAAAAACUGGCAGGACGUUUUAAAACAGUAAAAUGUCUGGUAUGUACAACCUCAGAUCCACGACUUCUACGUAGAAAAUACACAAUUUGGAAUAAUUACAAAGGAGAGGUGGAGGUGCUAAGAGGAAAGAUAGACUAAACUAAGGCAAAAAACAUAGACAAGAAAAUUGCUGGGCUUGAUGCUAAAACACAAGCAACCACCUAAGCCUUUCCUGUGCUGAAGCUGAGAUUUUCACACUGAAGUGGUUCAGCUAGACCUCCAGUGUGACUUGAGGACUUUUUAUCUACAUAGAUAGAUAGAUACGGCUGUCAAGUGCCACAGCUGAAGUAGAAGAUAAUUUUCUUGCCCUCAGUAAAUUUUGUAUUGUUUUGACUUGACCUCUCCAUUGAACAUGUUCAAUUAUAGCCAUGCAACUGCUUUGUCACAAAUCAGUCACCAAUGCUGCUGGCAACUCCGUUUGUUUAUUUCCUGAACAGUCAUGCUAUAUCAUCAUUCUGCAUUCUCUUUUUCUGUUCCAUCUUAUACCAGCAAAGGAGAAUUAAGAAGCCUUAGGAGGGCAUCAGCAUCCAUAGCCCUGUAAAGCAACAAUUAAGAUACUUAUCCAAACAACUUUGUUGAGUGGCUUGCACUAUUUCAUUCUUUUAAAAUAUAUCAUUUCGAUGAACAGUAGCUACAUUAGUUGACUUAAUUACCAGCUGGGGGGAGAGGUAAACAAAAUUUAAAAACGCAAAAUCAAUUAGCAUGAUUUCACUUAUCUUGUUACAUAAACUACUCAAGUGUGUCACAAGCUACCAAUGUAAUUAAAAGAAUAAUUCUCAAUAAGAAC